AGCACGGAGUCUGGCUCGCACCGCGUCCCAAGGCGUGCUGUGCGUUUGGGGCGGCCGUUCCCCUUCUUGUCCUCCCUCCCUCCGCAGCCCGUGCGGCUUUCCGACGGGGACCCCGGAGCGGAGGAGGAAGAGCGGCGGCUGCAGCGGGAGCAGCGGGAGCGCCGUGAGGGGCCGAGGAAGCCGCGGAGCCGAGCCCAGGGGAGGCCGCAGGGCCGACGCCAGGGCCGCGCGGCCCGCAGCGCCUGAGGAGAAAGGGAGGGCCGGAAAAGCCGCCGCCAUGAUGGAGGCCUAGGCGUCCGGCGCAGCGCCUGACGGGAGCCGCCGCCGCGCCGCCGCCGAGGGCCAUGGCGGGGCGAGCCGGCCUCUGAGCAGGGGGAGGCGGAGGAGCAGGAGAGCCGCCGCCCGAGCGGGCCUCGGCAGCCCCGCGCGCCCGGCCGACGCCCGCCUCUGCCGCGCGCCGCCCCCCGGCCGCCCCACCAUGUCCUGCGUGCACUACAAGUUCUCCUCGAAGCUCAACUAUGACACGGUCACCUUCGACGGGCUCCACAUCUCGCUCUGCGACCUCAAGCGCCAGAUCAUGGGCCGCGAGAAGCUCAAGGCGGCCGACUGCGACCUCCAGAUCACCAACGCCCAGACCAAAGAAGAAUAUACUGAUGAUAAUGCUCUGAUUCCCAAGAACUCAUCUGUUAUUGUCAGAAGAAUUCCUAUUGGUGGAGUAAAAUGUACAAGCAAAACAUAUGUCAUAACUCAUAAAUUAUACAGAACCCUAGACACUCCGCUCAGAAGCCGAACUGAUCCAGUGAGUGGAACUUCAAAAGCAAUUGAUGACUCUUCUGCAUCUAUUUCUCUGGCCCAGCUUACAAAGACUGCCAAUCUGGCUGAAGCCAAUGCUUCUGAAGAAGAUAAAAUUAAAGCUAUGAUGUCACAGUCUGGCCACGAAUAUGAUCCAAGCAAUUACAUGAAGAAACCCAUGGGUCCACCUCCUCCAAAUUAUACUUGCUUUCGUUGUGGAAAACCUGGUCAUUAUAUAAAGAUCUGUCCAACCAAUGGGGACAAAAACUUUGAAUCUGGUCCCAGGAUUAAAAAGAGCACAGGAAUACCCCGAAGUUUCAUGAUGGAGGUGCAAGACCCUAACACCAAGGGCGCCAUGCUCACCAACACAGGGAAAUAUGCCAUCCCAACUAUUGAUGCUGCGGCUUAUGCUAAAGGGAAGAAAGAAAAACCCCCCUUUCUGCCAGAGGAGCCAUCGUCUUCCUCAGAAGAAGAUGACCCUAUUCCAGAUGAACUGUUAUGUCUGAUAUGCAAAGAUAUAAUGACUGAUGCUGUAGUCAUUCCCUGCUGUGGAAACAGCUACUGCGAUGAAUGUAUCAGAACAUCACUGCUAGAAUCGGAGGAACAUACUUGCCCAACUUGUCAUCAGACAGAUGUGUCUCCCGAUGCGCUAAUUGCCAACAAAUUUUUACGCCAGGCUGUAAACAACUUCAAAAAUGAAACAGGCUACACAAAAAGGCUCCGCAAGCAGGCCCAGCCACCCAGGCAGGCAGCCCAGAGAAACAUGCCUUCUGUGCCAAGGCCGACUGGCUCCAGGCAGCAGGAUCCACUUGUAGUCCCAGCCACCUCUGCCCCUGUCCAUGGAGCCACGUCCCUCACCGUGUCGUUGGCUGCUGGUGUACCAGCCUCAGCCGCAGCCGCAUUGCCAGGCAGCCAGGCAGCCUCGGCAUCUGCCAGUGACGCUUCUGCACCAAUUGCCAUGGUGAUCCAUGCAGACAAGACAGAAGGGCCUUUCCGCGAGGGCGAUGGUAUUGGACCAGCUGCUGCUAUAGCGACCGCCUCAGAACUCUCAAAACCACCUUCCUCACUGUCAAUGAAUCCCAUGAUAGAGGAGAAGGGUUAUCAGGUUCCUGUGCUUGGGCAGCCGGCCUUGCCGGGGCAGCUGGUCUCUCAUGGACAUUCAAUACCCACUAUGGGUCAGCCAAUGAGAAGCAACCCUGUUCGCUCUGCAAGCAAUAGAGCAGGCUGGGAACCAAGUUCAAACCGAGGACGCCCGCAUAGUGAACGUACACAAAGGACUCAGGCCCCAACACUGCCAGCAUCAACACCGGUCUUUGUGCCCGUGCCUCCACCUCCCCUGUAUCCUCCUCCUCCCCACGCACUUCCUCUUCCACCGGGGGUACCUCCACCACAGUUUCCUCCUCAGUUUCCACCUGGUCAGCCUCCACCAGCUGGGUACACUGUCCCCCCUCCGGGAUACCCCCCAGCUCCAGCAAACAUAUCAACACCCUGGGUACCAACACCAGUACCAACGGCUCAUUCAAAUGCCAUCCCAACGACACAAGCACCUCCUUUAUCUAGGGAGGAGUUUUACAGAGAGCAACGGAGACUUAAAGAGGAGGAAAAGAAAAAGUCAAAGCUUGAUGAGUUUACAAACGAUUUUGCUAAAGAACUGAUGGAAUAUAAAAAAAUCCAGAAGGAACGCAGGCGUUCUUAUUCCCGGUCCAAAUCGCCAUUCAGUGCAUCUUCAUAUUCAAGAAGUUCCUAUACCUAUUCCAAGUCAAGGUCUGGGUCAUCCCGCUCUCGAUCAUAUUCGCGAUCAUUCAGUCGCUCCCAUUCCCGUUCCUAUUCACGAUCACCCCCCUACCCACGGAGAGGCAGGGGUAAGAGCCGAAACUACCGCUCUAGGUCAAGAUCGCAUGGAUACCAUCGAUCAAGAUCUCGGUCACCCCCCUACCGAAGAUACCAUUCUCGAUCAAGGUCUCCAGGGUACAGAGGCCAGUCCCCUAAUAAGCGCACUGUUCCUCAGGGAGAGGGAGAACGAGAGUACUUUGGUCGAUACAGAGAAAUCCCACAUUACGAUAUGAAAACAUACUAUGGCAGAUCUAUGGACAUGAGAGACCCUCUUGAGAAAGAGCGAUACCGUGACUGGGAGACCUACAGAGAAUGGUACGAGAUAUACUACAAGGGCAUUGCAACUGGAGGACAACCCAGACCUCUGCUCAACAGAGAGAACUUCUCUCCCGAGCGAUUUGGUCCUCCUGGACCGAGGCGAGAGAAUUCCCCUUACAUUCGGGGUCGUAGAGAUGAUUACCCUGGAGGAUUAGGUCAUCGAAAUCGAAAUGUAGCUGGUGGCUACUCUGACAAAGUGCCAGCCAGAGAGGGUCACAGCAUGAAAGAUAUGGCAAAACUGAAAGACAAGGAUGCGGAAAACCCACCAGGAGAUGCAAAAGGAAAUAAACAUAAGAAACACCGGAAGAGAAGGAAGGGUGAAGAAGGAGAUGGCUUCCCCGGUGCUGACCUCUUGGAAGGUUCACGAAAGCCAAGAGAUGCUGCCACUGGGGAGGACAGCAAACCUGACCCGCUCUUCAUGCUUUCAAGCAGGGAUGAUGCUACUCCUGUCCGGGAUGAACCUAUGGAAGCAGAUUCAGUUGCCUUUAAACCCGUUACUGAAAAGGAAAGGAAAGAAAAGCCCAAGGCAAAACCUGAAAAGACAAAGAGAAAAGUCGAAGGUGCUGUCACUACCAAGAAAGAGGUGCAAGUGAAGCCAGCUAAAGCAGUCCAAGAAAAAGCAGAAGCUGAUCGUGAAAAGUCCCCACGGGCUGACCCUCCUGCAAAAAAAGCAAAGGAGGAGUUUGCAAAGGCUGAUGGUACGAAGACAUCAUCCUCUCAAAAAGAUGAGAAGCCGCUGAAUACACCACGUAAAGUUCAUCCCCGAGGUGCAAAAGAACAUCUGGAAACCAGGUCGGUCAAGGAGGAGAAGGCAAAGAAGGAGCACCCAAAGGAAAUGAAGCAGGAAAAGCCUUCUGGCAAGGAAGAAAAGUUAAAGAAACCCAUUGACAAAAACAAGCCUGUAGAUGCAAAACCAGAAAAAAGGAAAAGAAAGAUUGAGGAAAAAGUAGAUAAGGAACUUGAAGCCACCUCUCUAAAACCAUCCAAACAAGAAGUCACAGAACUGAAACCUUUGCCAAAGGGGAAAAUUGAGCCAGAAGGUGAAAAAACAGAGCGGACUCCUGAAAAGGAUAAAACUGUUUUGCCAGUUGCCCCAACAAAAAAGAUUAAGCUGAACAGAGAAACUGGGAAAAAGAUUGCUAAUGUCGAAGCCAUUCCGCCCGUAAAAGAAGCUUCAACUGAAAAACCUGAGCCAGCCAGUAACAAAGUGAAGCAAGACAAAACAAAAGGGAAGCUAAGGAGAAAAAUUGCAGCAGCAGAUGGAUCUGGUUCCACACUGGUUGAUUAUACCAGCACUAGCUCUGCUGGAGGCAGCCCUGUGAGAAAGUCGGAAGAUAAGCUAGACAUAAAGCGCACUGUAAUCAAGACUAUGGAAGAGUACAACAAUGAUAUCACAGCCCCUGCUGAAGAUGUCAUCAUCAUGAUCCAAGUCCCACAGUCCAAGUGGGAUAAAGAUGAUUUUGACUCUGAGGAGGAGGAAGAGGAAGAUGUUAAAGCCACACAGGUACAAUCUGCUGUCGGGAAACCCACCAGUGUCAUAAAGAACGUCAGCACAAAGCCAUCUAAUUCCAUCAAACACAAUGAGAGGGAUCUUGAGCACUUAGAGAAAAAUCAGAGAACCACAAAAGAGUCUGGGCACGAGAGUUCACAGCCUGAAUCCAAAAGUUCUAAAACUCUGGCAUCAAACGAUAAAGGAAAGGCCAAAGACAGGGAUCAUGCUGCAUCUGACAGAGAAUCUUCUGAAAAGAGGAAGAGUGGAGGCCCACCAGAGAAAGAACGGUCUGAACAUGGUGCUGAUCAAGGGAAUCUAAAGAGCUGCUCUUCUCACUCUUCCAGAGAGAGCAGGUCUUCCGAUAAACAUGAAUCUGGCCAUGGGUCCUCUGUGAAGGACUUCACUCCUAGCCGGGACAAAAAGUCUGACUAUGACAGCAGCCGAGACUAUUCAGGUGCAAAGAGAAGAGAAGAAAGGAGUGAGCCUGUCCGGAAAAAGGUCUCACCUUCUCGUGGCCGGGAAUCAGCCACCUCUGCACUGAAGAAUAAGAACAGAGAUGAGCGAACAGAGCAGCCCAAAAAGGAUGCAUGGGACUCGAAACGGAGCAGUUACAGCCCUCCCCGGGACCGAAGGCAGAAUGGUCACAAAGCUGCCUAUGACUCUAGGCGCUCAGCAGAGCACAAGUCCCAGGAGGCGAGCGCAGGCAAGGAGAAGGAGAAGGAGAAACGCCCAUCAUCUGAGACCUGGAGCAAUAAGGAGAAGGUGAUGGGUGGGAACAAAUCCUUGCAUAGACGAAGCUCCCCGGAGGCAAAAGAGCAAGCGACUGUGCAGAAUGACAAGAGUACUACGGUCAAGCCAAAGCCUCAGCCCAGCCACUCUUCCCGGCUCUCCUCUGACCCAACAAGGGAAACGGACGAGGCUGCUUUUGUCCCAGACUACAAUGAAAGUGACACUGACAGUAACGUAUCCACAAAACAGGAGGAGUCCCCAGGCAGAAAUGCCCGAGAUGGGAAGGACAAGGCCAGUGAGAAACUGAAAGAGGCUGCAGGGGCAGAGCUGGGCGCCCAGCCUGACGGAAGCCGGAGCCAAAGUCAAAGCAGCCCCAGCCCCAGCCGCAGCCGCAGCCAGAGUCCCUCAGAAAGCCAAGGCCGAAGCCGUAGCAGCAGCGCCAGCUCUGCAGACAGCCAGGACAGCAAGAAGAAGAAGAAGAAGAAGGACAAGAAGAAGCACAAGAAGCACAAAAAACACAAGAAGCAUAAGAAACACACCGGAACCGAGUCGGAUGCAGAGAGAAGCCAAAAACAUAAACACAAGAAGAAGAAGUCGAAGAAGAGCAAAGACAAAGAGAAGGAGAAGGAGAAGGAGAAAGACAAAGAGAAGGAGAAGGAGAAAGACAAAGACAAAGACAAAGAGAAGGGAGAUGACCAAAAAGCAAAAUCUGUCCCUCUCUAGAAAGCAGAAUGGUUGGGGGGCAGAACUGAACUGACUUGACUAAGUCACCUAUAUGAAAUUUUGUUAUAAUGUAGACAAACAAGAGCCUUGUAAAUAAUGCCAUGACAGGCCCUGUGCUGCACUUACACAAUUGCUGCUUGAUUUGAUUUUUACAUCAGAGCUUUAUAAAGUGAACAUUUUGUACAGACUUGUGAGUUGUGACCAUGUAAUAUGGGGGAGGGAGGGUGGAGGAUUUUUUUUAAUUUUAUUUUAAUUUGGGGCAUCUUAUUUUUAACCACCGUUAAAUUAGUUUGGGUGGAGUUUACUGUACUGUGAAAUUUCACACUUUUUUUAAAGAUUGCCUGUCAGGAAAACAAUGAAAGGGUCUGGUAUCAGUUCAAACUCUCAGCAGGAGGACUUGCAGAAUGCAUUACAGCCCUGUUCUGUUACUUUUGGAUUACAAUAAAAACAUUCAUUGAACUUUAAA